CAACUUGCAAGACGUCUUGACGAUCAUGUUAGUGUAACUGAUCCCCUGAUGCGGAUGGACCUUCAAUCAAGUGCAAUCAGAUCUGGAGUUCUAUUACGAAACUUAGGCUCGUUACUUCUUGAGCUUGGUCGUACAACCAUGACAUUGCACAUGGGUCAAACACCAUUGGAAGCUGUGGUGAACGCUGGACCGGCAGUUUUUAUAUCUGCAUCUGGGCCAAAUCCUGUGAUGGUUCAGCCUGUUCCCUUUUUCCCUGGGUCAAGCUUUGGCGGGGCACAGUUUGGAGAACCACUUGCUUCUGCAUUUAUUCCUAGGAACAUUGACAUACGUGUCCGCACAGGUGGUCGUACCAUACCUGUUACCAAUGCUAACCUGGGUGAACAGGCUGGUGCACAGCAACCGCUAGAGCAAACAGAUCCAACAAGAAAUCCAUCUGCUGCCAAUUCUGUUAAUCAAGCAUUUUCAGGGAUUCCAAGUAGUACAUCUUUUGCUGGAGAAUCUGGAGUGCGGGUAGUCCCAGUAAGAACAGUGGUUGCAGUACCUGCUGGCCAUUCCCCCUCAGAUUCAUCUGGUAGUGCAAUCGGGGUAAUCUAUCCUCUACUUGCCAGAAUUCAACAUGUGAAUAGUGGGAAUGCAAAUAAUGCAAGAGGUUCUCGAGCAUCCAAUGAAUCCAAUCAGUCUCAGCCUAAUAUAAAUCUGCCAAAUCUUGAAUCUGCAAUGCGAAAUCAAUCUCCUGCAAGUUCUGCGCCUGUAGUUUCUUGGAUGAAUCCUUCAGCAAAUGAAUUACCUGGCUACCAAGGGUCAUCACUGGUUUCCAUUACAAGCCAACAGGCACCACCUGCUAGUAAUAGUGAGAGCAACACACAGGCUCAUGUUGGGCAGCAAGUUGGCCAAGGCUCGAUGUCUCAGUUGUUAAGCAGAGUGGACGAGUGGAUUAGGACAGCACUUUUUCCUGGAGAGCAAGUUCAGGUUGGUGGCACUGGUCAUCAGGAGUCAGUUACAGGUUCUGUUGCCGUUCAAAAUCAAACUGGCACAACUGGAAAUACCGAAACACAUGAGGCAUCAAGAGUAGGUAGUGAUGAUGGAGUAUUCUUCUCCAGUUUAGUUCGCCAGCUUAUGCCAUUUUUAUCUGAGCACACAACUGUACCAGGUGGCUCAGCUAGUAAUGAUGGUUCUACUGCACAAACUGCAAGCAAUCACCUGAAUGACUCAAGUAGCUCCCAACAUCAUCGUGACCCACCUGAGGCCCCUAGUCCAAAACGUCCGAGGGUAUGUCAUUGAGAAAUUCUUAUCCCUUUCUUGUUGAAUUUUGUGCAUGUUUGAGUUGAAAGAAGAGUGCCCUGUAAGCCAAUCGCAAGUAUGUUAUGAUGGGACUUUUCUUUGUAAUUUGUCAAUUCAUGUAAUGACAUUUAUUAUUUGAUAAUAAAAUGAGGCAUUGAUUCAUCA